AUGAAGUGCUUCCAUUUCACUAAUGGGGAGAGGCGGGACGACGAGGAACCCGGCGUCGUUUGUCGGGCGGCGUCGAAGGUGUCGUGGGCGCGUUCUCUCAGCGUGGCCUCCAGCAGCUACGACACCACUCGGCGGUCUGAGUUCGACUUGGACUCGAGGGACCUGUCCGACUCGGUCGCCUUCCAGGAGUUGCUGAGCCUGCGGCGAGCCAAUGAUCUGAGGGUGUUCAAGUUCUCGGAGCUCAAGUCGGCGAGCAGAGGGUUCAGUAGGGCCCUGCUGAUUGGGGAAGGAGGGUUUGGGUGCGUUUACAGAGGGGUCGUCAAGGGCUCUGACGACGAUGCCACUAAAAUGGACGGGCAUAAGGAGUGGAUUAAUGAAGUAAACUUAUUGGGCGUUGUCAAGCACCCAAAUCUUGUUAAGUUAGUGGGAUACUGUGCAGAAGAUGAUGAAAGGGGGAUUCAACGGCUUCUGGUUUAUGAACUUAUGUGUAAUAAAAGCUUGGAGGACCAUCUAUUGGUUCGAUUUCCAUCAUCUCUCCCAUGGAUGACAAGAUUAAAAAUUGCUCAAGACGCAGCACGUGGAUUGGCAUAUCUGCAUGAAGAAAUGGAUUUUCAGCUAAUAUUCCGCGAUUUUAAACCGUCAAACAUUCUACUAGAUGAGGACUUCAAUGCAAAGCUUUCGGACUUUGGACUGGCAAGGCAGGGACCUCCACAGGGAACGAGUCAUGUUUCUACAUCCGUUGUGGGCACCAUAGGAUAUGCGGCGCCAGAAUAUGUACAAACAGGGAGGUUGACUGCCAAAAGUGAUGUAUGGAGCUUUGGAGUGGUUCUCUUUGAGCUCAUCACAGGAAGGAGGGCGGUGGAGAGAAAUUUGCCACGGAGUGAGCAGAAGCUUUUGGAAUGGGUCAGGCCUUAUGUUUCAGACUCAAAGAAAUUCCACCUCAUUGUGGACCCUCGGCUUGAAGGACAGUUUUGUAUCAAAUCAGCUCAAAAACUUGCAUCAUUAGCUAACAGGUGUCUAUCAAAACAACCAAAGUCUCGCCCAAAAAUGAGUGAGGUGGUUGUGGUUUUAGGAAGCAUCAUAGAUGAGCUGUCAUCUCAAGAUGAGGUUGUCCAAGAACCUGUUAUUGAAACUGAAGAAGCGAAGGAAGAAACUGUGGAGGAGAACGAGAUCGAGACUACCAAACAAGGAAACAAAAAAAGGGUUUUCGAUAUAAGAGAAAUGGUAAACUUUAGAAACAAAUCUAUUGGGAAGCUAGAUUGGAGAAACUGGACCCCUGGGUUGAUAAGAACUUGGUGA